AUGGGCAAUUGCGUGGGUUUCUCAGCAAGAAUUGAUGCCACCCUCAGCACCUCAUCUGAAGCUUCAAAGUUGCCCAGAAGUUCGUUAGCUCCGUCCACCAUAAACAUUCCUUCUUACAGUAGCAAAAGCAGUGUUCACAGCCUCCCUACUCCAAGAUCUGAAGCUGAAAUUCUCUCAUCCCCAAAUGUUAAGCCCUUCUCAUUUAAUGAGUUAAGGAACGCAACCAGAAACUUUCGACCUGACAGUCUUCUUGGGGAAGGAGGAUUUGGUUAUGUUUUCAAAGGAUGGAUUGAUGAGAACACUCUUACUGCUGCAAAGCCGGGAUCUGGACUGGUUAUUGCUGUGAAGAAGUUGAAGCCUGAGGGUUUCCAAGGCCACAAGGAGUGGUUGACAGAAGUCAAUUAUUUGGGGCAACUUCAUCAUGAAAACCUGGUUAAACUUAUCGGUUAUUGCUCCGAGGGUGACAACCGGCUUUUGGUGUACGAGUUCAUGCCAAGAGGAAGCCUUGAGAACCAUCUGUUCAGAAGAGGUCCCCAGCCGCUCACUUGGGCUACAAGAAUCAAGGUGGCUGUAGGUGCUGCUAGAGGCCUUUCGGUCUUGCAUGAUGCGAAACAUCACAUAAUAUAUCGGGAUUUCAAGGCCUCUAACAUUCUUCUUGAUGGGGAAUUUAAUGCGAAGUUGUCCGAUUUUGGAUUGGCUAAAGCCGGCCCAACUGGUGAUAAAACUCAUGUAUCUACUCAAGUUAUGGGUACUCAAGGCUAUGCUGCUCCAGAAUAUGUUGCUACAGGCCGAUUGACAUCAAAAAGUGACGUAUACAGCUUUGGGGUGGUUUUACUGGAACUGCUAUCUGGACGACGUGCUGUUGAUAAAGCAAAGGUUGGUGUGGAACAAAACCUUGUUGAUUGGGCAAAACCUUAUCUGGGCGACAAGAGAAAAUUGUUCCGAAUAAUGGACACAAAACUCGAGGGUCAGUACCCUCAGAAAGCCGCAUACACUGCUGCUACCAUCGCAUUGCAGUGCCUUAAUCGAGAACCAAAACUCAGGCCGAACAUGGCUGAGGUGUUAUCCACACUUGAAGAGCUCCAAUCUCUGAAAAGUGCAUCGAGGCCUAUAAAAGGCGGGAAUCGAACUUCUUUUGAUCAUGUAUCUAUGCCGCCGAUGAAACAUCAAAAUUCGCCUCGUAAUGUGACACCUUCGGCGUCUCCAUUGCCAUCACACUUGAGAUCUCCACGCGUUAGAUGA